UUUAUCUUCACAAGUACAAUUGACACACAUAUUAAGAUAGUGGGAAAUGUGUGGUGGAGAGUUGUGUAGACGAAAGAGAAACGUGUAAGAAUGUGUAAGAAUGAUUGUGAACCACAAAUUCUUUGCUAAAAAGGGAAAGAGGAGAAAAAUUUGGGACAAACCGAAAAGGAAAGUAUGAAAAUAAUUCCGGGACGGAGGGAGUAUAAAAUUCCAUAGAGUACCCUCUCAUCUUCGUAUUCUGUCUUGCAGCAGCCACUUGAAGGCCAGCGAUUUCUUUCGUUCAGUGCCUUCAUUCUGAUUUCAUCAGGAUUCCCACCCUGUUGAUGAUCAUAUAAUCUAGAGAAGUAAGUGACAACAGCAUCCCCCAUGUCAGAUAAGGCAGAUCACUUAUCCAGCAAUGAAUGUCCUCUAUAUUUUUGGGGUUCCCGUUAUCUGAUGAAUAAUCUUUGCGGGCCAAGUCAGGAUCAAUUUCCAGCUCUUGAUGCAGCAUAGAAAACUUGGAAUCAUCUAUAAUUGGCCCUAUAGGUUUGGUAUUGGUUCAGGUGCAGGGUCAUGAUAAACCUCUUCAGUGUCAUGAUCCUCUUGUAGGUCAACAAUUUAUGGAUCCUCUUAGGAAACAUCAAUUCUUCCUUGCUUGGAAGAAGAAGGGGGGGCCACACUAUGGAUCAAUUUUGAUCUGAUAUCAUGUUAAUUCUCGGGAUUCCAUCCUAAAAGACCAGUUUUCAGAUUCAGUAUUACCAGUUUAUUUCCCUGCGAAGAGAUUUCCUAGCCUUUCUCUUAGGGAGAUCUAACUGUUCUUUCGGAAAGGAGAAAUCACGUGGAUACCAAAGGUCAAGGAUUAUCACCGCUGGGCUGGAAGAUCUGUAAGUUCUAACUCAGAUCUGUUAUUAUUAUCAUAUUCGUUAUUCUGUCAUAAUCAGGGAAGACCUGUUUGGGAAAAUUUUAAACUUCCGCUGCUGUACUUUCGAGGUACGUUACAUCAAUUUCCUAACAGUGGUAUCAGAGCCAAACUGAUUCUAAUGACAUUAUACGAAUUUUGAUAUGUAUAUUCGUAAGUCAAAAAUAUGUAUUUCGAUCCAUAAAUAUUUUUGUCGUUGUUUGAUUUGCGAAAUCAAACCCUUUUGAACAAAUCUAAAAAUUUAAUUUGUAGAAAUUAAAAUCUGGUAGCAUAAUUAUAGCCCUGCAUCUCUUUAGAAGGACGCAUCUUCGAACUUCGAAUUUGUAAGAUUUUACGUUUCGUCUGCUUCUGAAUUUGUUUUCCAAACCCAACAGCAGUGUUUAGUUUUCUUUCCUCUUCCUUUUCGAUUUCUGAACAAAGAAGAAGAUCGACGAACUUUGAACUGCUAUACUCCGAUUUGACCUGUUGCAACUACGAUCUGAGAGAUGCACGAUUUAGUCGAAGAACUCGCUCUACUAUGAUCGGCAUGUUCGAUGGCGAUUGACGAACACUUUUGAAGUAGCGUACGACGGUUUGGGUUUAAUGAGAUGAAAUUAGUUGUUCUGCAUUUAAGAAUUGAAUGGAACAUCCUCUGCUUUAGCUUUUGAUAUUUUUUUUUUUUAAUUUUUGAAAUUAAGAAAUUAUUAUCAUUUGGAAUCUAAAAAAAAAACGAUGGUGUAUUAUGUUUCUUCGAUUCUGUGAGGAUGGAGGAAAAGGACUGAAUUGUUGGAGACCUAUGAGAAUCCAACUUGGAAUUGAGUUUCCGUCCUUCUUUCUUUUUGGUGAAGAUUAGGACACUAUGUAGUUUAAUAGAUAGUAUAAGUUGGAGUCUUGUACUCCUAGAACAUUACGUAAGGAAGAUUUUAAUAAAAUUAAGCUUUUUAAUUAUAUGAAAAAGGUAGCUUAAUUUCAUAAUUGAUUUGAUUGAUAAUUAUGUUAUUAUCAUUCAUUUUAAGUAUGUUUAAUUGAUUAUUUGAUAAUUGUAUCUAUUUAUAAAUUAGAUUUAUAUUGCAUGUUUUAAAUUAUCUGUGUGAGAUAGAUCUCGUUAACAUAUUAUUUGAUAAUAUGUUAUUAGCAUCUUGAUUAAGUAAUUUAAUACCUGCUAAACGUUCCCCAUAAAUUAAAAUUUAAGUCUUAUCUGGGAUAACAACAUCACCCAUCAUAAUUAAAUUAGUAGAAACAUUUUUUCGUUGAAGAAUAUUUCACCCAAGUGUUUAUUCCAUUCGACAAAAUAUAGAACUAAUUUAUAGAUACAUAUGUUUGUGAUCGUGUGAUGGUUUUGACUUACUUAAAUUAGCUCGAGUCGCCCAAGCGUCAGUGUUAAUUUAGGGAUGUCGAUCAAUUCAAAAUUGAUCAACCAAGAAUUGCUUGGAUGCAAUUGGUCUAUGGACCUACCCAUUAUAUUAUUGCAGUGAUCAGCCCAAGUUGGGACUGUAAUAAUAUGAAUGUGGAUCUUGGCCACUAUGGUUAUGAAAACAAUCCAUGUUCUUUUUAUUGGGGUCAAAGAGCAUGUAAAAAUAGUGGGAGCUAAAUAAUUAAAAGUCCAACUUAUUUAGUUUACUAAAUGUGAUCAUAGGAAUUAAUAUAUGAUUUUAAUUCCCGUUCUAUUUGAACUUCUCUAGGCUCUUAGAAAUGUCGAAUUUAUCAUUGAGAAGUAUCUUGGAUACGUGCAAGCUUACUGGACCAAACUUUCUGGACUGUGAAAGAAAUGUGCGUUUAGUUCUUAGACAAGAAAAUAUUGAGUAUGUGUUAGACACACCGGUACCCAAGAUUCCUGAUGCCAACUCUCCUGAGUUUGCAACGUUUGACCUGACCGCUCGAGAGAAACACGCCACUGAUGCUAAAACAGUGCAAUGUGUUAUGUUGGCUGCAAUGUCUAUGGAGUUGCAAAGGCAACACGAUAGGAUGAGCGCCUUCGAGAUGCUUGAACACUUGAAAAGUCUGUUUGAUUCAGAAAGUCAGACUCUAGAGUAUGAACUUCUGACAGACAUUUUCAAGUGUAGGCUUCAAGAGGGUGGCAACGUGUCUGAGCACGUCCUCAAAAUGAUUGGCUUAAUUGAAAGGGUUGCUACCACCGGAAUUAAGUUUGAGGAUCGUGUCUCAGCUGCUAUCAUCCUAUAUUCGCUUCCAAGUUCAUUUACUAACUUCAUUGUGAAUUAUAAUUUGAACAAAAUGAAAGCGACCAUGCCUGAACUCCAUAACAUGCUCAAGUCUUAUGAAGUCUCAACCUCUAAAGGAAAGACUGUUCUUAUGGUAAGCUCUAAUGCUAAGUCUCGUUCUAAGAACAAGAAUAAGCAAAAGAAGAAAGGUAAGGUUGGACCUACUCCUACAGCUCUGAAGCCUAAAGGUGGAGAUCAUAUGAAGCCAAAGGUUGCAAAGGAUGUUUGCCUCUACUGCAAAGAGAAGGGGCAUUGGAAGAGAUAUUGUGAGCUGUAUAAGGCUGAUCUAGCCAAAGCACCGGGUGCUUCAAGCUCAGAAGCCUGAGAAGCAGUGUAGCAGUUGGACUGGGUAAAAUUGACCUACGCGUGAAGGCUGGAGCAAAAGUUGCUGCUGAACGUGAUAGGAUCUUAUAGUUUAGAUUUGCCCAGUGGUUUUAGAUUAGAAUUAAAUAAUUGUUAUUUUAUUCCUUCUAUUACCAAGAAGAUUAUUU